ACUCUUUUCAGCAAGGAAUUCAGUCAUCAAUGAGCGGACAACUUUGGAACAGUCCUGCCGCAGUCACUCACUACAAGGAUUUCGUCUGAUAACGGGAGCUGGACUAAAACGUUAAAAUGUAUAGCGGAGUGAUUCUACUGAUGCUGGUCGUCGGGAUCUACACUGAUACUAUGGACCAAGGGCCAACAGCUGGCUGUACCUUUGACGAGGACUCCGACCCUGGGCUGUGUGAGUACAAGCAGGGACAGGAGGACGACUUUGACUGGCAGCUGAUGAGGACAUACAACUGGCCACACACCUCCCCAGACCUGCUGCGAGGCUCGUUCAUGAUGGUGAACUCGUCCCAGCAUGCCGCGGGGCAGCGGGCCCACCUCCUCCUCCAUUCGCUAAGUGAGAACGACACGCACUGCAUCCAGUUCAGCUACUUCCUGUACAGCCGCGACGGCCACUCCCCCGGGGAACUGCAGCUCUACAUCCGGGUCAAUGGGGGGCCGCGGGGCAGUGCCGUGUGGAACGUCUCCGGGUCACAUGGACGCCAGUGGCACCAGGUGGAGCUAGCCGUCAGCACAUUCUGGCCCAGCGAAUACCAGGUGGUGUUUGAAGCAUCGGUCUCAGCAGAAAGGCGAGGCUACAUCGCCAUUGACGACAUCCUGCUGCUCAAUUACCCCUGCUACAAGGUUCCCCACUUCUCUCGGCUGGGGGAUGUGGAGGUCAAUGCAGGGCAGAAUGCCACCUUCCAGUGUGUCGCCACGGGCAAAACUACAGAGACAGAACCCUUCCUACUGGAGCGUCGUAACGGUGUGGUUGUGGCGGCAUCCUCUAUCCAGCGUCUGAGCCACAAGCGUCUGAUGGCCACCUUCCAAGUGGAGGCUGAGAGAGGGGAGCAGGACCUGUAUCGCUGCAUCACAGAGUCCCCACGCGGAGCUGCCGUGUCCAACUUCGCCGAGCUCAUUGUCAGAGUGCCCCCCACCCCCAUCGCUCCCCCCCAGCUGCUCCGGGCUGGCCCCACCUACCUGAUCAUUCAACUCAACACCAACUCCAUCGUGGGGGAUGGCCCUGUUAUCCGUCGUGAGAUCGAGUACCGGGCCAGCCAAUCACCAUGGUCGGAGACACACGGUGUGGGCUCGCUCACGUAUAAGGUGUGGCAUCUGGAGCCGGACACAGAGUACCGUAUCAGUGUUUUACUGACCCGACCAGGGGAGGGAGGCACAGGGGCGCCUGGACCUCCCCUGGUCAGCAGGACCAAGUGCGCAGAGCCCAUGCGUGCGUUGCGAGGCCUCACAGCCAUAGAGAUCCAGCCUCGUCAACUAGUCUUACAGUGGGAACCUCUGGGCUACAACCUGACGCGCUGCCACACCUACUCCGUCUCUCUCUGCUACCGUUACUCCACACCUGCAGGGGGCAGCGCAGGGAACAAUGCCACAGUGAGGGAGUGUCUCUCUGUAGAGAGGAACCAAUCACACUUCACCCUGAGGGACCUGCCCCCGUUCCGCUCCGUCCACGUCCGGCUGGCGCUGGAAAAUCCAGAAGGCAAGAAAGAAGGCAGAGAGGUCACCUUUCAGACCGAGGAGGACAUUCCUGGUGGCAUCGUCCCAGAGUCACUGACUUUCACCCCAUUAGACGAAAUGAUCUUUCUGAAGUGGGAGGAGCCUGUGGAGCCCAAUGGGGUCAUCACACAGUAUGAGAUCAGUUACCAGGGCAUCGAGUCAUCCGACCCGGGUAUCAACGUACCGGGCCCUCGCCGUACUGUCUCCAAGCUGAGGAACGAGACAUACCACAUGUUCUCUGGUCUACACCCCGGGACCACCUACCUGGUGUCUGUUAGAGCUCGCACCGCCAAGGGCUUCGGGCAGACCGCCCUCACUGAGAUCACCACCAACAUCUCCGCCCCAGUGUUUGACUAUGAGGAUGUCCCAGCCCCACUCAGUGAGUCAGAGAGUACCAUCACUGUGCUGCUGAGACCUGCGCUGGGCAGAGGAGCACCAGUCAGUGCAUACCAGGUGGUAGUAGUAGAAGAGGACGGUUCUAGGCGGAUCAGGAGGAGGAGGAGGAGGAGGGAGCUGGGUAGCGGUUCAGACUGUUUCCCUGUGCCAGCGUCCCAGGUGGAGGCCCAGUCUAAGGGGACGCCUCACUACUACACAGCUGAGCUGCCCCCCUCCAGUCUCCCUGAGGCCACUCCGUUCACCGUAGGGGACAACCACACCUAUAACGGCUACUGGAACACUCCCCUGGACCCCUCCAAGAACUACCUAGUCUUCUUCCAGGCUAUAAGCAACUUCAGAGGGGAGACGAGAAUUAACUGCAUCCGGAUUGCCCGUAAAGCUGCCUGUAAGGACCAUAAGAGGGCCUUGGAGGUGUCCCAACAUGCAGAGGACAUGGGUCUGAUCCUGGGGGCCUGUGCUGGUGGACUGGUGGUCCUCAUUCUGCUGCUGGGGGCCAUCGUCAUCAUCAUCAAGAAGGGCAGGAAGAAGGUAGCGCUGAACAAGGCAGCCAUGUCGUACCGUCAGGAGAAGACCAGGAAGCUAGGUUCUCUGGACUGCAGCAUGACAGAGCAGAGCACCCUGCAGCAGGAUGGGCGCACUGCUAACUCCUUCAUGGACGCCCACACCUGCAACACACGGAACGAACAGAGGAGUUCAGUGAACGAGUCCAGCAGCCUGUUGGGUGGUUCCCCUCGACGCCACUGUCGUAGGAAGAGCUCUCCGUACCACACGGGUCAGCUUCACCCCGCGGUCAGGGUGGCAGACCUCCUCCAACACAUCAACCAGAUGAAGACUGGGGAGGGAUACGGCUUCAAACAGGAGUAUGAGAGCUUCUUUGAUGGAUGGGAUGUCACCAAGAAGAAGGACAAGACUAAAGGGAGACCUGACAGUUUGCUGGGGCAUGAUCGUCAUCGAGUCAAGCUACACUCUCUCCUAGCAGACCCCAACUCUGACUAUGGCAAUGCCAACUACAUAGACGGGUACCAGCGAUCAAACCACUUCAUAGCCACCCAAGGUCCCAAGCAGGAGAUGAUCUAUGACUUCUGGAGGAUGGUGUGGCAGGAGAAUUGCUUCAGUAUUGUCAUGAUCACUAAACUGGUGGAGGUGGGCAGGAUGAAGUGCUGUAAGUAUUGGCCCGAGGACAGUGAACUCUAUGGAGACAUCAAGAUCACACUGCUGAAGACCGAAACACUGGCCGAGUACACCGUCCGCACCUUUGCUAUGGAACGGAGGGGCUACCCAGCGAAACACGAGGUAUGUCAGUUCCACUUCACCUCCUGGCCAGAGCAUGGUGUUCCCUACCACGCCACAGGCCUGCUGGCCUUCCUACGCCGGGUCAAGGCCUCCACACCCCCCGAUGCUGGGCCCGUGGUCGUCCACUGCAGUAUGGGAGCAGGCAGAACAGGCUGCUACAUCGUACUGGACGUCAUGCUGGAUAUGGCAGAGUGUGAGGGAGUGGUGGACAUCUACAACUGUGUCAAGACCCUCUGCUCCAGACGCAUCAACAUGAUACAGACAGAGGAGCAGUAUGUGUUCAUCCAUGAUGCCAUUCUGGAGGCCUGUUUGUGUGGAGAGACAGCUAUACCUGUUCUUGAGUUUGCUCUGACCUAUAAGGAGAUGCUGAGGGUUGACUCACAGAGCAACACCUCCCAGCUACGAGAGGAGUUCCAGACGUUGAACUCUGUGACCCCUCACCUGGAUGUGGAGGAGUGCAGCGUAUCCCUGUUGCCGAGGAACCGCGAGAAGAACCGUAGCAUGGACGUCCUGCCCCCCGACCGCGCCCUGGCCUUCCUGGUCACCACUGAGGGCAUUGCCGAGGGCAACAACUACAUCAACGCCGCUCUCACUGACAGCUUCCACCGGCCCGCCGCCUUCGUGGUCACACCUCACCCGUUACCGGGAACCACGGCAGACUUCUGGAGGCUGGUCUAUGACUAUGGAUGUACCUCGGUGGUGAUGCUCAACCAGAUCAACCAGUCCAACUCUGCCUGGCCAUGUCUAAAGUACUGGCCAGAGCCUGGGCUGCAGCAGUUUGGACCAAUGACAGUGGAGCUCCUGUCCAUGACGGCUGAUGAUGACGUCAUCAUUCGUCUGUUCCGGGUUCAGAACAUCAUGCGGCUCCAGGAAGGUCAGCUGGUGGUUCGUCAUUUCCAGUUCCUGCGCUGGUCUCCAUACCGCGACGUCCCAGACUCUAAGAAGGCUUUCCUCAGCCUCCUGGCCCAGGUCCACAACUGGCAGAGGGAGUGUGGAGAGGGACGUACCAUCGUCCACUGUCUUAACGGUGGUGGUAGGAGUGGUACGUUCUGUGCUUGUACCAUGCUGCUAGAGAUGAUCCGUCAUCACAGCCUGGUGGAUGUCUUCUACGCUGCCAAGACGCUACGCAACUCCAAACCCAACAUGGUGGAGACCAUGGAGCAGUACCGGUUCUGCUAUGACCUGGCCUUGGAGUACCUGGACGCCUUGGACUGCCUGAGUGAGAUAGAAGUGAGAUAGCACUGAUCCCAGAUCAGCUCAGGCUCAGGGUAGAUAGAGUGGAGUACCUGGACGCCUUGGACUGCCUGAGUGAGAUAGAAGUGAGAUAGCACUGAUCCCAGAUCAGCUCAGGCCCAGAAGAAAUGGAGUGGAGUCCUGGACCUAGCCUGGAUCUCAGCCUGGGUCCACAUUACCUGGGCUUCCCAGCCUGGUCCUAGCCUGAGUCCACAGCCUGGGCCUGGAUCUGGGCCUGAGUCCACACUGCUCUGCUUCUCUCUCUACACUUCUACAUCUAGCACAGAUUUGUCAGACCUUCUCAACCCUAGAAGGGGUGUAGGGAUAGAGGCCUGGGACUCAGUCCGCUGCCUGAGUCCGGCCUGGUCCACACCACUCCGUCCUGGGUUUUCCCUUGGGUCUACAGCCUGGGUCUAGCCAUGUUCCUGCUCUGCUUCCCUCUACACCCCCAGGUCUGGGUGUAUCAGUGUAUCUGCUGCCAUAACGGACCUGGACAAAAAACUGAGAGCGAAAGAGAGGGAGACAGAGAGAGAUGAUGGGACUUGCUUCUACCUUCUACCUGUCGUAUAAUGUACUCUUUUCCUUUCCCCUGCAUUCUUAUCCCAUCUGUAAGUUGCUCUUCUGUUCGGUGCCACAUACUAUCUGCCAAACACAAGGAAGAGGACAAGGAAAUGGGCAGGAUCGUCCUCUUCUCAUUGGGCGUAUUUCUGGUCACCUGAGCACUGGUGGUAUACUCAAAGGUCUCCGCAACUUCCUGCCUUAUUUUAUUAUGUCAAUGACAACAAUAACAACAACAUCGAAAAACACAAAAGCUGAAGUAUAACAACAAGACAAUGAUGUCACAACUGCAGCAGAUAAAAUAUGUCAACUAUUAGGUGAUUUUGUGUGUUUGUUUUGUAAUACGUAUAAUGAUCUUGUAAAUGAUGCAAUGAUCUACUGUUGGUGAACAUCCGAUGUUGUUACUGUACACUGGUGUUUUCUCUGGUGAGGCUGGAAUGGCUAUUUCUCCAUCGGCAGAGAAGAAGUUUACAAAGAAAAUGACACUGAAAUGAUGUUUGGUGCAUCGAUCCUAUGGUCCUACUGUACAGAAAGGACCUAUCUGGUUUAUUAUUUAUUGUAUGUGUAAAUAGAUUGUUUUCCAGAUGUUUCUAGAUGUUUGUUGUCUUAACUCUGUGCCAAUUCAUUCUAUUUUGUCUAUGAACAACAUGGUCUCAUUAGAAUAAUGUCAAAAUAGUGACGUUUAACCAUUGUAAUGGUAUGCCAUCCAAUUACUUUUAUGUCACUUCUGGUGACAUAUUACUCCAUAUUAGUAAUGAGAUAUGUCUGCUAUAAAUUACAUUCUAGGUUUAUGUCACCCAAUUUGACAUAGGACUUAUGUAAUUUCUGGUGACAUAUUACUUCAUAUUUGUAAUGAGAUAUGUCUGCUAUAAAUGAGGACCACUUGAGCACCUGCAUGCCAGUCAGUUGUUAGUGUUUCCAUUGCAGUUUGUGACCCAGUCUGCUUCAGGGGACCGCCCCCACUGCUACCAGAGACUGGGGUUGCAAAAUUACAGUAGCUUUCCAAAAUUCCCAGAUUUGUCCUGAAAUGAAAUAAGCAAGAAGGGAAUCUUCCAACUGCGACACUUAUGACUUGGAAUCUUACUAAAGGGAUUUCAGGAAACCUGGGACGUUCAGGGAAGUUACCUAAUUUUGCAACCCUAUGCGAGAACCCCAGAGAGAGUAAUGUAACAAAAAAAAUGACAUGAUUUGUCUCUAGCUGUGGGAACAAACGUGAUCAGUUUGCCGAAAUUAGUUGUUUUUUGCAUUUGUAUUUAUUCAUUCAAUGUUUUAUUUUAUAAUUGUGUAUAAAUGAAAAUAAAUAAAAUAUUAUGAUGUUGGUAAUA